UAACAGUGUUUGCAAAUGAAUGGGUAGUAAAUGUCUAAAAAAUUGUUUGCAUUUCUUAUAAAUUGAUUGAUUGAUUGAUUUAUUGGAUCCACUGUUUUGAAGAUCUAAGUGUUUGUCCAUUGAAAGUGUGGUUGAUAUCGCUGACCACCAAAAACACAAUCAUGGAUAACAAGACUUCCUGUAACACCAACAAUGCCAUCGAUACCAAAGAGGCCAAAGAUGUGGUGCAGUUUGUCCAAACACUGUUGCAAUCGGUUGAAGAUAAGUUUCAGCAGAUGUCCGAUCAGAUCCUAAGCCGUAUCGACGAAAUGGGUCAUCGCAUCGAUGACUUGGAGCACAAUCUUAAUGAAUUGGUCGCUCAAAGUGAUACCAACAGUGGUAUCGGCGGUGAAGACAAUGUUAAUACUAAUCAUAUUAUUAAUUCAAACGCUCAACAAAUUAAUAAAUGAAUCAAAAAAAAAAAUUUAUUUGU